AUGAUAUUAGAGCAGCAUAUUUCAUGGACCGUUGGAAGGAUGAGUAUAAACAUUCGUUCAAGUUCGAAAGAGUUUGUUAAAGUUGAAGAGGAGGCCUUUACAGAAGAAAGUAGUGCGUCAUACACCAGAAAUUAUUCUGAGGGCACAUUUUUCGAGAGAUUUAAAGAUUCUUUCACUAGAGUAGAUAAUAUAGAGCCAUAUAGUGAGUUGGAUGGUGAUAAAUAUACCAAAGAUGAACAGAUACAGAUGACAUUGGCUGCACAGCCGUACAAGAAGAGUUUGCAUCAAAGACAUCUAACAAUGAUUGCAAUCGGUGGUACUUUGGGUACUGGCCUGUUUAUCGGUUUAGGGUACUCAUUGGCUUCAGGUCCUGCAUCUUUGUUAAUUGGGUUCUUGAUAGUGGGCACCUCGAUGUUUUGUGUAGUACAAAGUGCGGCUGAGUUAUCUUGUCAAUAUCCAGUUUCUGGCUCAUAUGCAACCCAUGUCAGUCGGUUUUUAGACGAAUCUUUAGGGUUUACUGUUUCUACAAAUUAUGCGUUAGCUUGGUUGAUAUCGUUUCCCAGUGAACUUAUCGGUAUAUCAAUGACGAUUUCUUACUGGAAUGAUUCUAUUAAUCCUUGCGUCUGGAUUGCCAUUUUUUACGUAUUCAUUAUGAUAUUGAAUCUGUUUGGUGUCAAAGGUUUUGCUGAAACUGAAUUCUGGUUAUCUCUAAUCAAAGUUAUAGCAAUUAUUAUCUUUAUUAUUGUCGGUAUUGUUUUAAUUUGUGGCGGUGGUCCCGAAUCUAGUGGAUACAUUGGAACUAAGUAUUGGCAUGAUCCAGGUUCCUUCGCUCCUCCAGUAUUUAAGGGCCUUUGUAAUACAUUUGUAUCUGCUGCAUUCUCUUUUGGCGGUAGUGAACUAGUGCUAUUAACUGCUGCGGAAUCAAAAAACAUAUCCGCUAUUUCUAGAGCAGCAAAAGGUACCUUCUGGAGAAUUGCUGUAUUCUAUAUCGCUACUGUUGUAAUUAUUGGAUGCUUAGUACCGUAUAAUGACCGUAGACUUUUAGGUGGUGCAAGUGAUGAAGAUGUUUCUGCCUCGCCAUUCGUUUUAGCUUUAGGCAGCAGCACAGAUUUAGGUAGAAAACUAUCUAACUUUAUGAAUUUUGUUAUUUUGAUUGCAGUCGUUUCAGUUGCAAAUUCAUGCGUGUAUGCGUCUUCAAGAGUUAUCCAAGCAUUAGGUUCCAGCGGACAAUUACCAAGUAUUUGCGGUUACAUAGAUAAGAGCGGCAGACCAUUAGUUGGUAUCGCUAUUUGUGGUGUGUUUGGUCUUCUAGGUUUCUUGGUAGCAUCAAGUAAUGAGAGAACAGUCUUUACAUGGUUAUUUGCAUUAUGUUCCAUAUCAUCAUUUUUCACUUGGUUCUGUAUUUGCUUUUCUCAAGUUAGAUUUAGAUUGGCUCUUAAGAAACAAAACAGAUCUACCGAUGAUAUUGCAUUUAAAUCAAUGCUAGGCAUAUAUGGUGGUAUAUUGGGAUCUAUUUUAAAUAUUUUACUAAUCAUGGGUGAAAUAUACGUUUCUGCUUCUCCACUUGGCGAACCAUCUUCUGCUGAAGCAUUCUUUGAAAAUUGUUUAAGUAUUCCUUUAAUGCUUCUGGUUUUCAUUGCACACCGAUUCUAUCGUAAGAAUUGGAGAGAUUGGUACAAGAGUUUGGAUGAAAUAGAUCUGGAUACUGGUUGCUCCUACGACGAUAUUGAAUUGUUUAAACAUCAAAGGGAACAAAUAAAGCAUAAGAUUCAAUCGAAGCCCCUAUAUUAUAAAAUAUAUAGAUUUUGGUGUUAA